AUGAACACCACCCGUGGAAUCGUUUCGGAUGCUGAUCUCAUGGAGCUGACUGAAGCCGAACUACUUGAGAGCUGCAGCGAUCAAAAUGUGAUCAACGUCAAGAGAAUAAAGAUCAGGCGCGACGGCAAGGAGAUUGAAACAAAGCACCUAAUUCUAGCAUUCGCAUCAAGUAUGCUACCUGAGACCAUUGAGACUGGGUACAUAAAAAUCCGAGUUAGCCGGUACAUCCCCAAUCCUUUCCGAUGCCUUACCUGUCAAAGAUUUGGCCACAGUUCACAGAACGGCCAAGGCCGACAGACUUGCGCUGUAAGUAGUGCCCAAGAACACCCAUCUGACAACUGCGAAAAUGCUCCACACUGCGUGAAUUGUGAGGUGGAGCACGCCGCGUACUUGCGGACCUGUCCAUCAUGGAAGAAAGAAAAAGAAAUAGUCAGAAUCGAAGUUAAGGAAAACAUAUCCGUCAAAGAGGUACGCAGGCGGGCAGCAUACCUGCCAAAAAACAGCUUUGUCGAACUAACGCAUCAGGUGGCAGCACCGCAACGGCCUCCGGCGGUUGUCCUACCCACACACAGUGAGGUGGCAGUGACGCCAUCCACCCUUUCCGGCGGCUGCUGCCAGGGCUGCUCCGCUGCCCCAGCAGAACAGGCCAUCUACCUCUGGAAUGGCGGCCUCAAAGGUUUCGUCUACGAAAACGAGGCCUUCACAUCAAACGCAGCGCUCGCAAGGGCGCAUGUCCAGCGCAUCGCAAGAGGCGAUGAGCACCACAACCAGCCAGACGGCGCCACCAGCGCCUAA